AUGUUUGCUCUUGUCAUAUGCUUGCUCCAUGUCCUGACGAAGAGCACCAAAGUACAGCUAGCCCCAAAGAACUUCCCCGCUGCAGUGGAAAAGAUUUGCGCCACCAGCGACAUCGAGCAUGUAAGUCUGACUGUGGACAAUUAUUUCGCAGUCUACUUCAAGGAGACUUGCGAUCUCUCCUUUGUAACUAGAUUAGUAGUACUCAACUACGGAACUAACCAAACGAUCCAGCUGACGCACACUGCCACAUAUCCUAGACUGUACUAUUCUCAGUUCACCAGCCCUAUCGCCGCGUCACCUAUGUUUCUACAGAUCAUCUAUCCACAUUGCUCCUUUAGUGGACUUAUUCCCGUCAGUUUGCACCGCACCCCGUGUCUUAUAACUGGUAACAUAGUCGCUGGGAUCUAUGAGCAGUCACUCUACAUCUACCCGGGAAAUUUCAGCGUGCUCAUGGGAACUGGCAAAGUAUACUGUGAUACUUAUCUCAACCCGCAUCUAACGAUAACCGUGAGUGGAACUGCAUUGGACUGUAUCUUUUACGAGUACUAUUAUUCCUGCCCUCUUUCCAGUGGUACUCUUUCCAGUGACAUAACCAUAUUCUCCAUCUAUAACACAUCACCAAUUGUUAUUACAUCAAGCAGUGUGAAGCAGUUUACUAAGCAUUGCUUCACUGAAAGUCCAGACACGAACAGUGACUCUACCUAUUCCUUCUACGCAUCCGUCUAUUCCAAGAGCAACCAAACAGUUCUUGUUGUGCGCCAUCCGUAUCUCUCUACGGUUACGCCACCACCAUCACCAUCACCAGCGCCAGCGCCAGCCAACACUGACUGCUUGCCGGUGAUGCACAAGUGUACUUACAAUGGCGUAUUAAUGAAUCGUUUCAACUAUCACCUGACGGCUAACUAUACCGGUAAGAAGCCAACUCAAAGUGCUGCAGAGGCUGUCACCAUAGUGUGCAACAUUAAUUCAACUAAAACAAUGGAGAGAAAAAUAGCGAGCCCACCAGUUGAGGAUAAGUAUGUAUGCUUCCAUUCUUUCGUGGUCGCAGAGAAGCCAAUGAACAACAGCGUCACAUCCCUUAAUGACAUGUUUAUAAUCUCUAAUAUGAAGAUCGAGCUGACACCCUUCCUACUAAACAUUCAGGACAACGAGACAACGUGCACGCUACUCCCCAAUACCUAUCUAAAAAUAAACACCACUAUCUUUCAGAAAAACUAUACCAAUUAUGCAUUUAACUACCAGAUGGAUGUAACGGGCCAGGAUAACGUUAGCCUUAUAGCACUGACCAACAUAGACCCAGGCGUCUCUAAUAUCUACAUGCUUCUCCCACAGUACAUGUCCGAUAGAGAUGCUGGUGACAUCACCCUGGACACAUAUCAAGGGGUUCCUAUCUUUGAUUUCUUGUCCUACACCACGAAAAAUUGCUACGCUAUUGACCAAAUCCGUUAUUACUGUGUUAAUAAUGUGUUCUACGUAUCAACUCAGAAAUUCUGCAACCCACCAAGUCCUCCUGAUAGCCUUACUAUCUCUUUAUAUGAUGCAUCAGGUCCCAGUCACACCCUCAAACUGGAUAAGUACAGCAGUGUGUCGGGCCAGAAUUAUAUCCACAAUUAUACUGCCGCUGGUAAUAAUGAAAUCUGCACUGCAAAGCCCUACUUUUCCGUAGACAAGUACCAGUAUGGAGGGAUAUACCUCUUCAUCAACCCACAGUUCCCCGUCAACCUUGCAAUAGAGCUUACAGCCACCUACUGCUCCCUCAUGGACCCUGCGUUUGACUAUCAAGUACAGCUCUUUGAAACAACCCUGUACUUUCAAGGGCUCUGCAAGCUCGAUGGAUACUGCUUUGAGGAUAUCUAUUCUUACACACCUAAGCCUCUGCAGCUCAUACCUAACAACGCAACCCCGGUCUCUCCUAUUGAAACCCCGAGAUACAAGUACUUCGUCUCAUCUAUUAUAGGUUCAGAUAUGCCUUAUCUCAUAAGUCUGCGCACGUGCUCCAGGUCUGACGAGAUAAAAACAAGCAUUCUUGGAGCGCCAGCUGUUGGGAUGUCAACUGUUCAUGACUACUUUUACUCAUAUUUUCAGUCGCCCAUGGCUCAUGAGAUCAACUGGAACAACCAGACACGGCAUAUGAUACUCAACUACACGCGCUCAUGCAUAGAGGCUCCAACUUACUCCAACGCCACUUGGUAUGUGCAGUUGAUCGAGGCCUCCAACUGGGGCAUUCUUGUUCUGGGAAUUACUGGCGGUCUGUGCAGUAGUAAUGGCAUUGAUGUGACCGUCACCUUCUUCGCUGUGUAUACAGACUCGAACACACAGAACAUGAUUGAGCAGCCUAUUCUUACCGAGCCCAUGACUCUAACAGACACUUUAUCUGCUUCCCACAAGUACCACAUAAAGAAUACUGAUAUCUGGCAAUCAUAUUUGAAUCUUAAGAAUAAAGACGGCGUUACAUUUUACGCCAAUCUGACAUUCAAGUACACAUUCUUUUCUACAGAGAAACACUACAUCCCCAUCUCCGCCGUCACAGAGCCGUGCAUAGUCAGAACCCUGACUACUAAACUACUUGAGAUUGACUACUCAACGAGCAUACUAGAAACGUACGAUCAGGAGGGAUGCUAUAUGCUAUCUGAUUACGUUUACCUUGUCCUUCCAUUGACGUCAUCAAAACAGCAAGCUGCACUAUUAGAAGAAAAUCUGAAGGAACUGGUUGUCUUGGAAGAGCUUUUGCUGAACAACUUCUACUCUUUGGAGGAUGUUUGGGCAUUUAUUGACAGCACAAACGUUAUGGACAUAGCAGCAGCUAUUGAGUGGAGCAAGAGCUCCAUUCCACAUCUCCAGCUGAAAGCUAACCGUGCCCGCACAUCAGAGACUUGGGAGCGAUACUCUUCGGGAGAGUAUCCCACAGGAAAUACAGCAGCCUUUGAGGCUGAGAUCAUUACCAUGUUCAACAUGCGCAAUAGUAGUCUAGACAUGCGUGUGCUAGCACCUUCGCUCUACAAGUAUUGGCGCCUUGCCACUACCACUCUUCCAUUGAUAAAUACCAGCCUCGGUGAAAGAACUAUCAAAAGCAAUGCCAUGCCAGCGAUUCCGUUACCCUUGUCGUUUCGGCUCUCUACUAUCCGGAAUUUUAUCCCAGAUUACAGUGUAUUUCCAACGCUUGCAGAGCAACUGAAAAAAGACUUAAAUACAGAUCUAUCCACCGAUAUCAUCACUAAUCAGGCUAAGUAUAACGUCAGCGGUCUACUAGGUUCCAAAGUGAUCAACUUCACAAUCGGUAAGACCAUCCUUUACAACGCAACACCCCUCUCGUUUUAUCAGUACAACAACUUCAUCAUGCUCGUGCUGACACUCGGCAACAGCACUAACAAACAAUCGAAUGUAGAUACCAAUAUAUUAAUUAUGCAAUCACCAAUUUACACGCCUUUCCUGCUAUUAUCAGAUGCUUCCGAGACUCAAGUGGAGACCAUUGACGACUACCUCACUAUUUACUGUCCAUCGUGCAUUUUGUAUGAUCAAGUUCUCUACGUCACUGACCUUCACCUCAUUGAGUUCAUUUCCCGCUCGAACGUACAGUCGUUACCUGUCUACCUGUCCACACGCGCCCCAGUGAACGCAGUACGGUACAACUACAGCUACACCAUCCGCAUCGGUGUACAGAUAAACCAAUCAAAUGUGUCCUUCCGCUUUCCUAUCUAUAAUAAGGAUAUAUCUCUCUCUACCCAGUUUAUCCCCAAUGUCUGCUUCAUUAACGGGUACAUGAAAGCUUGUCUUAAGUCGAACAAACUAUUUAUUUUGCUUGAGUUGGUGAACUGCAUUGAUAUGCGGCCGAGUUCCAUUGUCUUCACGUUGGCGGCAAAAGAGGAUCUAGAGCCAGCUGUCGCGAUGCAGCUAGGGGUACGUAACAAGGCACUCACUACUGUCAAUGAGAACGAAAACUGGGUCUCGUAUGCACAUGUAUUUGAUGAUGAUAAGGACGUCAAUGCUAGUCUUAUCAUGAUGCUGGCAACAAACAACACCUUAGACGUCGUGCUCAGGGCCUCAAUAGGCAAUACACUUGUCACCAGGCUCGUACCAAUAGAUGUCACUUUAUUCUCCAUUGAGGAGCAGUACUGGGUGGUGUAUCUAAUUAUCUGGAUUGCCAUGAUAAGCGGUUUGAGCAUGUGCACCUGGGUGAUCAUAAAAACUCAUAGGCUACGGAGCCUCAAAAGGAAGAUCAUCACUUUAGCAAACUAUGAGCUUACCAGGAACCCUACCCUGUAUAGAUCUAUCGAAAACUCGUUCCAAAAGCAUAUAAAUGAGAAUGGUAUAAGCCACUCAUUGCUGGCUCUACACGUUCUACUGAAAAGGGACUGGUCGAUCGAUGAGAUAGCACAAGAGUGCCAGACGACUCCAAGGGUCAUUAGCGGAUGGAAGGAGAACCUUAAGGGCUUCCUAGAUGGACAUGAUAGGGCUGAUAAAAGGAGAGCAAGCGCGCUUGAGAAGAUGAAGCACAAGCUAAUGGUGGCAGAACGGCGGAAGAAUAUGCAGAGGAAGACAUCCAUCCAAUUCUUGAAGAAGAGCAGAAGGAAAGGUAUGCCUUCACAAACACACAGCACAGACAAUCUCCUGUCCACUGAUUCAGAAAUGACGCACGCCAAUAGCUGA